AUGGCAGGCACCCACCCAGACAGCAAAAUCCUCUUCCUAGAUGUCAACAUUCUCGACUCGACAGGCAGAGAGCCAUACAUGGGCGACGUUUUGAUUGAGGGUGAACGCAUAACAGCAGUCGGGAGCGUACCCCAGAGGGCAACUCUCGUCAAUAAUCCAAAAGUCAGAGUUAUGAACGGUCGGGGAAGGACACUAAUGUCCGGCCUUGGCGACGCUCACGCCCACUUCUCAUGGAAUGGUGGUGACCUCGAGAAGCUCGGGGACCUUGGUGUAGAGGAACACACCUUGCUUACUGCGAGAUCGGCGCUUGCCUUCCUUGAUUCGGGUUAUACUAUGUGCUUCGGCGCCGCGUCUGCAAAAGAAAGACUGGAUGUGGUCAUUCGCGACGCAAUCAAUGCCGGCGAUAUCCCUGGUCCACGCUAUCUUGCUAACGGGAAGGAGAUGGCUCGACGUGACGGCGAGCUCGUGGCAGGAAUUACAGCCUAUGCUGAUGGUCCAGAUGAAAUGCGCGAAGUCAUCCGCCAUCAUGUAGCGCUGGGAGUUGAUAAUAUCAAACUCAGUAUGUCUGGCGAAGAGAUAACCGAGACUCGAUCCGCCGAGGACUGCUACUUCACCGACGAAGAAACCGCUGCGUGCGUCGACGAGGCCCACAAGUAUGGCAAACUCGUCUGCGCGCACGCCCGUGCCCGCGAUUCCGUGACCAUGUGUGUCAAGCACGGCGUCGAUGUCAUCUACCAUGCGUCCUACAUCGACGAUGCGACCAUGGACAUGCUCGAGAAGGCAAAGGACAAGCAUUGGGUCGCGCCGGCCAUCAACUGGCUGUAUGCGACCCUAUACGAAGCGGCUCCUUUCGGAUACGCCCAAAGCAAGGCGGAGAAGGUCGGGUACAAGCGUGAGCUUGAGACCGCAAUCAAGGCUCUGCGCGAGAUGCACAAGCGAGGGAUCAAGGUGCUCCCAGGAGGCGAUUACGGCUUUGCGUGGACACCGCACGGCACCUAUGCCCGUGACAUUGAGCACUUCGUCGAACUUUUGGGCUUUACACCAAUGGAAGCCAUUCUAUCCGCAACAGCCGGCGUAGCGGAGCUUUUCAUGCGCUCCCACGAAUUGGGCAAGAUCCAGCCCGGCUACCUUGCCGAUUGCAUUCUCGUCGACGGUAACCCUCUGGAGGAUAUUCGCGUCCUCCAGGACCACGACAAGCUCAAUGUGAUCGUAAUCAAUGGGCGAGUGCAUAAGGUUUCUCCGACCGAGUUUCACCCGCCCCCUGUUGCAGGACAGGAUGGGAACAGGCAUGUCAUCGUACCAGACUUUCCAGAGGUAAAGAAGAAGUGGCAAACGGUCUUUUAA